AUUUAUGCAAAUUAAAAAUGCAUCUAAAUAUUGUGCGUCUUAAUUGAUUUCUGUGGUAUCGCAAAAAAUCAUGCGGACGACGUUAGCGAUCGCGUUGGUGUUCGUCGCGGGAUCCUUUAUCGUAGCGACCGCGAUUAAGAGUAGCAAGUAUCCUCAAUUCUUUAAACACCGGACGAGGCUGAGAGAGAUCCGCGGCUUCAAACCGGAAUACAUCUCCACGGCGAUCGGAUUCGGGAAGAGAGACGGUCCCCUAUCAGAUGUUAAUGGACGCGACAGAGACCUGUUGUCUAUUCUGAGGAACCUCUCGCAUAUCGCGUCUGCGGAUGGGCUACUCCGACUUAUGCAGACGAAUCCUGCACUGGCUGGUAAAUUGAUGCAGCUAUCGAUGCAAAAUGAUCAGAACGACCAAGAAGAGUUAAUGACGGAACCCUCGAGGCCUGGAAGAACAUUCGAGCUAUUUUAAUCCUUGCGAUCGAACCGCAAACGACGAAUUUUAGAGGGGCGUCCAUCUUUAUAGGUUCUUAGACGAAACGUUCGAUAUAAUAUCUUUGAAACAUAAUAUACGUUCUUAUAUUUAGCGUUUUAUUGUAUAGACGUCUUUUCAUCCUCGUAAUUUCUACGCGACGAAGUAUACGAAGAAAUAAUGUGUAAUAGUUUCUUUCUUUUUUUCA